AUGGCAGUGGAGAACUCCACAAGCUUUCCAAUUUAUUGGUACACUUCUCACGAUAAUUCACUCUAUUCUCCCUCCGAAGAAGGGUUCUGGGAACAACGACGUCAAGGGUUCGAAGCAGGACGGUGGUGGUUCGAAGGGGAAAAGGAGAUUGAAGCUGAAGCCAAAGAGAAACAUGGUGGUGAUAGAGACAGAAAAAUACACGGUGAAGAUGGGCACAGAGAAAGAGACAGAGAUAGAAGGGAUAGAAGAGAUAGAAGGGACAGGUAUGAUAAAUAUGAUAGAGAUGAAAGGCAUAGAGAUAGGAAUAGAGAUAGAGAUAGAGAUAAUGAUGAUUAUGAUGAUAAAAAAGGGGAUUCUAGGAGAAGGGGAAGGGAUAGAGAGAACGAUAGGGUAGGGAUAAGGAUAAGGAUAGAUAUGAGAGGCGGAGGAGAGAUGGGUGUGAAGAAGAAAAUGGUGGUUAUGGUGAAGAAGAUGGUGGUGGUGAUAGGAAAGUUAGGAGGGAUCUGA